AUGGCUAUCUUUGGAGCACUCAAGCGUGGUGAUGGUGAGAAGCGCUCGCACCGCUCGGCAAUGUUUCUACCAUCGCCGCCGUCGCCUGCAGAGGAGGUCGGGCACCGGUCCCUCAAAUCCGCCCUGUCACAUUCGGUCAAGGCAUUGUUCGCCAAGAAACCUAGCCGGCCACAAUCUGCCAUUGUCAAGCACAUGUCCUCUGCGCCGGCACUGAGCAUCGAGAUGGGUGAGCUUGCCGACGAGCCCAUCCGGAGUUCCCGGAGCUCGGAGUCGCGGGCCCGUGCCCAGAUCCUGGCAGAGACAGCGCGUCGCCUGGAGCUGGGUGCCAGUGCCCGGUCGCCUUCGCCGAUUACCCCAUCCAGCAUGAGCACAGGCCGGACACUGCCUUGCUUCCCAGAGGAAGAAGAGUGCAGCAACUACGAGUACCAGGACUCGGGGGCGUCAUCCAGGGCCUCGCCAAUGCCUUCCUAUAGCAGCAGUGUCACCUCCUCACGCACAUUUACCAACCGCAACAGGCCGUCGUCAAUUUUUGGAGAUUCGCCGUCGCCGCAUAAUACCAGCAGUGGCUCGAUUACCACUCCAUCGGCAUCCCAGGCCACGCUGCGCCCUCAGAGCAUGAUGGCAAACAGCGAAGCCAGUAGGACGAAGGUGGCCACGCACGCAGCCAGCUUUGACGAGUCGCAGAACGCAUCGGGAAAGCGCAGCCAGGGUCAGCGCUACUCGGUGGCCAUGUCACAGAACCUGUCGCGUCGCUUCCAGACUCGCCUAACUCACGACUACGAGCAGCGCAUUUACUGCCUGCACUCGCACUACUCGGAUGUGAUCGAGCGCCUCGAGUCGCGGGUCCGUCAGGAAUCGGAGCGGGCCGACAAGCUGGAGGCUGAUCUAAGUGAGCAGCGACAGGCAGUCGCCGAUAUGCGUCUCCAGAAUUCACAAGCGACUGACAGCAUGUGCAUGUCCAAGAAGUUGGUUGAGUUUGUCGACAGCUACCAGACCGAAAUCACCCGUCUGACGCGCGAGGCCACUGUUGCCCAGGAGUGGGUCAUUACGAUGGCUGAGCUGGUCAUUGGCCCAAAGAAAGAGAGUCCAGAGCUGGGAUGA